GGUGCGCCUCCUGCCUUCUCCUGUAAAGAGGUGAACGGAGUUUACUUUGAGUUCGGCGUUAGUUUCGGUCUAUCGCGGGGCAGAGGGUUUUUACAGCGGAGGACUGAGCCCAUUUUCACCGCAGCCAACAUGCUGAAUAUGUGGAAGGUCCGGGAGCUGGUUGACAAAGCAACCAACAUGGUGAUGAACUACACUGAAAUAGAGUCAAAAGUCAGAGAAGCCACAAAUGACGACCCCUGGGGACCUUCGGGGCAGCUCAUGAGUGAAAUUGCUCGUGCGACCUUUAUGUACGAGCAUUACCAGGAGGUGAUGGGCAUGUUGUGGAUAAGAAUGCUAAAGGAAAAUAGGAAGAACUGGAGAAGAGUCUACAAGUCCUUGUUGCUGCUCUCACAUCUUAUUAGAAACGGGUCAGAGAGGGUCGUGACCAGCGCCAGAGAACAUCUGUUUGAUUUGAGGUCUUUAGAAAGCUACCAUUUUGUAGAUGAAAAUGGGAAAGACCAAGGGACUAAUGUGCGUCACAAAGUGAAGGAGUUGGUGGACUUCAUUCAGGAUGACGACCGGCUCCGAGAAGAAAGGAAAAAGGCCAAGAAGAAUCGAGACAAAUACGUGGGUGUAUCGUCAGACAGCACGGGAUACAGAAGUUACUCUGGGGACCGGUAUGACUCCAGUGACAGAAAAAACAAGUGGGAUGACGAUUUUGACAACAAAUCACAGUUUCCAUUUAGCGACAAAAUCGGAGAAAUCAGUGACAAGAUCGGCAGCACCAUCAAUGACACCAUCAACACAUUUAGGAAGAAGGACCGAGACGAUUCUCCAGAUAGAUUCAGUGACCACGAGGAGGACAGAAGGAGAUCUCAAAAUGGCCAGUCGGCGAAAGAGUUCAAAGAUGAAGAAGAAACUGUUACCACAAAAAGUGUUCAAAUCGUACAGGCCACAGAAACCACAGCCACACGAAAGAAAGGUGUCCCAUCCAAAAAGGUGGACCUCGGAGCUGCAGCGCACUACAUGGGAGACAAGACCCCCGAGACCACACCCAAACAUACACAAGCUGCAGCUCCACAACCUUCCAGCACUGGUCUAGCUGAUCUACUUAUGGUAGACUCAACACCAAGCCAGCCAGCUGCCACAGACUUGAUCGGUGGGUUUGCAGACUUCACCUCAAACGCUGCUUCUGCUAGUCUCUCCACAAGCACAGCAGUGACAGGGGGCUCCAGCAGUAAUGGGGACUUUGGAGAGUGGAACGCCUUCCCCGGGGGGCAGAUGCCUGUGGCAGCCCAGUCUCCAGUCCAGUCUCCAGAUGUGGGCGGGACAGACUUGUUUGGGACUGCGUUUUCGGCUCCGCCCCCUGCAGCCCCUUCUGCCUCGGCCGCCCCCUCAGCAGACCUGUUUGACCUGAUGGGCCCAGCACAGACCCUCACUGCGUCACAGAGUCUCAACUUCAGCAUGACACAGAGCAUGACCUCUACCAUGCUCCCACAGUCACAGUCUCAGCCUUUCCAGAUGGGUGGCCUUACGCCUCAGCCCAUGCAGCCUACAGGACCUGUUCAGGGGGUCACUCCCAAAGCAGCACUGCCCUCCACCUGGACCGACCAUUCUGUGAACAUCAGCCUGGAUUUCCUGGGACAGCAACCCCCCAAGCCUGCACAGCCAAGUCUCAACACCCUCCAGCAAGGAAACCAGGCACAGGCGACCAUGCUGUCCCAGGGCUUUUCUGCCAUGAACCUGGGUACAACCCCUGUCAGACCCACAGGAGCUCCCAUGAUGCACCCAGGUGCUCAGAUGGGCAUGGGGAUGGGCAUGGGCAUGGCUCCUAACCCAGGCAUGAUGGGAAAUAUGGGCAUGAACAUGGGUAUGCCUCACGCAGGUAUGACCAUGGGGAUGCCUGCUACUAUGGCGAUGGGAGGAAUGGGGAUGUCCAUGAACCCCACAAUGGUCCAACAACCCAAACAACUCGACGCCUUUGCUGAUUUUGCCAAUUUUGGGAAAUGAUGGAGCAGAGGAGAGCAGUGACUUGUGAAGGAUGGUUUCUCUCGCUCUCCGUCGCCAUGGUGAAGGAUUGUCAUGAGCUACAAACAAAGAGUACUUGAAUAAUGUUGCCUUUGAUUUUACCAACAACCUCUGAUCUUGUUUUAAUGCUGCAUCUACAGUAACUGAAUGUGUGUCGUUUCAACCAAUGAUUCGUCCGGCCAGAGGGGGUGCUAGAGAUGUGUGCCGUGUUGGUUGACUUUGGAUGAAGGUGCCACUGUGAGAAUGUCUGCUUUGUAACCUCAAUCAAGUCAGAAUCACCAAUAGCAAACUUUAUACUUUGCUGUAUAACAUAUAUCCAUUUACAGUAGUACAAAUGACAUUAUCAGCCAUUUUAACUGUCUAAUGAACUUUUGGAAAUGGUAAGUUACCUCUUGUUUGUCCAUGUUCUUCCUGAAUUGUAAAUAGAAAUCUAAAUCCCCAAUGAAAUAAUUUAUGAAUUCUCUGAAAGCCAGUGACAAUGUAAAGAGUUGUAUCAUAAAGGCCAAAAAAUACAUUAAUAUUUGAGCCUUGGUGUCACCUUAUAUCUGUACAUAGAUCUACGCACUCCAAAUAUGACCGAUCCUCACUUCCUUACAAAUGUUUAUAGUUUUAACAAGUUUAAGUUUUCUUCCUAAUGGCCUUAAUUUUUAAACUAUAUUCAUUUAUAUAAAAAGAAAAGAGAUAAUCGGUGAGAAUGAUGCAGGGUUUGUGGGUAUUUGAGUGCCUGUAAGCCUUUUCUUUUACAAAACCUUGUGAUUGUGCAAUGUACAAACCAAAUGCGUUUGUAUUCGAUCUGAAGCCAUGUGUCCAGUUUUCUACAGAUACGUGUGUGUUUAAUUCAGGUAAAAAUCCUCAUGCUCUUUUUGCCAUUCAAUCUUCAGGCCAGUGGAAAUGUACAGGACCUGUCUAUGACCUAUCAGUGCCCAAAGUGCAACUCUUUCGAAAUACUGCCUUCUUCUCACCAAAUGACUUCAGACUGUUGAAUCCGUUUUUUGUUUUUUUUUUGUAUGUGUUAAGGUACAAAAUCUUUAACGAAAAUCCAAAAUGUUUAAAUGCUUGCUGCAGCAUUGACACAAUAUGGUAGUGUGUGUGUGUGUGUGUAUAUAGUAAUAGCAGUGGAAUAAAAAAACGGAUAAAUCCCUAUUUUGGUAGGAUAUCAUAGUUCUAUAAAGGGGUAGAAGUAGUGGUGUAUUAGCAAACUACUAGACCAGCCAUGACGUGAGCUCUACCCGAGUUUAAGUAAUUUGCGGUACAGAUCUACGGCACAGGGGCUAAAUGCGGUAUUUUGUUGGCUGAAGUAAACAGACGAUAAAGGAUAAUAUUGAAACUAAUUUAUACCACGACAACCCAAGAGCAGAUUUAAACCACUAAUACUAUUCUAAAUGUUUUUUUUUUUUUUUUUAAAAGCUGACUGAAGCACUUCAGUACACAAACAUUUCCUAGUAGUGCGAAGGAAAUGUCCUCACGAUAAAUAUUUACCACAAAAGAAUAUUGUUCCAUUCAUCAUAUAUUGAACAAUAAGUCGAUAUAGUAAUAAUUGUGACAGGCCUAGUUGAAUUUGCAUAAUUGUUGUGGUACUUUUUACUGCAAACUGAAGUAAUUCUACCACUUUACCCACAAUGACAUAACAUAUAACUGUGAUAAAGACUAAGUUAAUGUUUCAAGCCCUUGGCAUGGUGGCUCUGUCAAAGCUAUGUAAAAUGCACUUAUCUGAAUGACCUGCUCACCAGUCAGGGGGCCUCCAUUUCUCCCCAUAUUUCUAUACGUUUCCCUCUGUAAAAAGAGAAAUUGAGACACCCCUGAACUGUGAUAUCUGCCAAAAUGAAUUCAUCUCUUUUGGCUUCCCUGUUAUUUCUCACACUACUGUAUAUAUGAUGUGCACUGUUUGGACUAAGUGCCUGACCCUUUAUUUUACUUUGUGGCCUUUUCUUUGAUGAGAAAUAAUGCAGUCCGACAGGGAAGGGGGUCGGUAACAUACAGUAGCCUAUCAUAAUCUAAGUAUCAUCAUAAUCUAAUCAUUUUAAUGACCAAAAUCAGUUUAUUUUUGUAAUAUUUAGCUCAUUUUUUGUGUACUGAGUAUUUUGAUUGUGGAGCUGGGAUUGUUACUGAAACACUAGUGUAUAUGCAAAUCCUUCCAGAGAAUUAUCUUUUGCAUUAUAUAUCCAUUUUGAUUUGAUUUACAAGAUUUAUUUACAACAUUAAACAGUUGAUUGAAAUUUGUUAA